CAUUAGUUGACCUGAUAAUGUCGAACGCCGUACAUUAUGAUGAAGAGAAUAUGAAUUCGGACUCAAGUGAUGAAAUGGAUGAAGAUUCAGAUUCUAUACAAGUCGUAACGUCGAGACCCCUUGCGGUCGAUUACAGCUCGAAUGAUACGCAUGCUAACGGAAACCGCAGCUCCGACCGCCCGCGAUAUCAUGCCAGCACUAUUUUCGUAAGCCAUUCGAACGGGGAUGGUUCAGGAAGGCGACAAAUUCAUAGACAAAGGUCGAGUGACUCAAAUGAGGAAAGCACGGAAACAGGAGUUGAACAAGGCUACUUCAUUGAGCUCGACGAUGAUGAAAUUAGUGACGCCCUCCUACCCGACAGUGAUAGCGAGCUUGACGGUGAGGAUGCAAGAGAGCUUAUGGAGGAAUUGGCCGAGUUACACGCAUUGCACCAUGAUGGAGAUGAUGACGAUGAUGACGAUGAUACGAAUGAAGAAGAAGAAGUUGAAGACGAUGAAGAUUAUCUUCCAGAGAAUGAAUAUCAUAUCGAUGACGAUUUUGAUAUUAUCGACGACGACGAUGAAAAUGAUGAGGAUUAUUAUGAAAAUGAUGAUGACGAAGAAGAAGAUAGUUCGGAAGUUGCCUACCAUGCGAUUCUGCGUAUGGUUAUCCAACGACAGCAGCAAUUUAUUCAUCGCACUCAUAAUCCAAGUCAAAGGCAGGCCGCUUUGCAAAAACUUAGAGAGCACGACGCCAAGCAGAGAAAAAACGGUGGCGAACUACUUGCUAAGUCUGGAUGGUUUGGAGAACCCGAUGGUGUUUAUGGCCAACACGAUGUAUUUGGAUAUCGAAAAAAUGGACGUCGCCAUGAGAUAUCAAAUAUAGCGUCCAAUUUAAGAGAAAGGGAAAUGUCUGGAAAUUACCGUGGUAGCCGAAACAAGCUUGGCAGAGUAAGUCUUCACAAGUAAAUCUCAUUUAAAAACCAAC